CAGCAGUACAUCGUGUCAGUCCACCACCUCCUCUGGAAGAUAAGGCACAAUGUACAAAACUCUGGUUUUAGCUGUCGUGGUGGUCAUUACCACGGCCCAAGAUGCACUCUUCGAGAAGUACGGCUUCACAAAGACCAUGGCUAGCUGUUUCGGGGAGAGGGCCUAUUACGACUUCCUGGCCAGAGCUGGUAGGGCCCAACGAGAGUGCCUACAACUUCCGGUCUCCAAUCUGUAUCGCCUUGACUUCUCCCUCUAUUCGCACUUGGGACAUCCUCUCCACUUCGGAGGAGAAUCCCAGUACGUGCCCUUCCCCUCCUAUCAUCCAGUACAUCCAGGACUUCAAGGCCAUCCAGGACACCCAACGCAUCCUGGACAAUCCUACGUGCCUCAUUCCUAUCAGCAAUUCCAGUACAGAAAGAAACGGCAAGCAUCAGAAGUCCAGCCACAAAAGGAUGGUCCUUUCUUUGACAAAUAUUACCUCUUGGAUUCCGUCAACAAGAUCACAGCAUCUCUAAGCAACUACACCUGCACACUCCACAAACUUGGAUAUGUUGAUGAAUAUCUGAACCUGGAUCUCAACAACAUCGUUAACAAUUACAAGAAUCUCACCAUUGGGGAACACUUCAGGAAAGAUCUCGUGGAUGGGUUAUACUACUGCAGAGAUUUGUCGUACUGCCUCCCCCUGCAAAACCCCAGGUCUCCCCUUCCCAUCCACCUGCAGCGCCUUCUGAUGGCCAUGGAGUGCGAGAAGGAGACCAGGACCAACGCCUGCUUCAAGGAGGACCUCAGGAAGAACAUCGACGAGUUCGACCUCUCCUUCUUCCCCAAGGACGACGACCCCGAGGACCAACUGAAUAAGCUCUCAGCAAUUAUCACAGGAAUCGAUUCUCUCAACGAACUCGAGAUCCUUUGAGUUCGAGGCGUCGGAAAUAGAUAAUUCCACCCCCCACCCAUACAGUUAAUAACUCGGUAACAUAUCAGAACUGAUGAAAAUACGUCAAAGAAACUAAAUUAUCUUCAAGUGUUUACAUGCUGCAUUUUCUUUGGGAGUCUGGAAAUUAAUCUAAAGAAUAAACAAUCAAUUCCAGCUUUUUAGUUCUGAAGUAGUCAGCUCGUGUAUCAA